UUUAUUUUUAUCAUUUUGGUUGCGUUGUGUUCGCUUAUGUUUGGAAGUUGAUGUUGUGUUGAUUUAUGGUUUACGAUUUGAAAAGUAUCAUUUUUACGUAUUCAUCGCAAUUUUGGUGAGUUCGAAUGUGAAUUGUCUAUAGAUUGGAGAUGUGAGCGUGUGGAUGUGUGCGUUUCGUUGCUUCCAGCGGAUUGACGGGAAUCGAUUGGACGGGUCGCGGAGCAGUCAGAAAAAACAAACAUCGAACAUAACCUCAAAGGAAGUGGAGGAGCGAGCUGUAUGGGGUAUGAGUGGUGGCGUUGACGAAAGAGAUGGACUCGAGCGACGAUAAGGAGGAAGAGGAGGAGGAGGAGGAAGAACAGGGAAUAAAGUUACCCAAAAUGAACUGGUGGUUCUACAUGAAGUGUCGAGACGAGGCGUCCGCUGGCGAAGAGGUUGUUGCAGGUAAACACAGGAUUGUGGAGAGGUACGAUUUCGUUAAUAGGAUCGACGAGGAUAUGCAUCAUCAUCAGCAGCAGCAGGAGAUGAUGGUGCCUCAGAGUCCCGAGAGCAAAAAGAAAGAUGAGCUGUGUUCGUACCUGCAACUGAUGGAUCUCAGCAGGAAACCGGAUACUACGGAUGAGGAAGAGGAGGAGAGGUGCAAGAGCAGACGAUCCACAAGGGUUAAGAAUCAGAUGAUCAUGAAUAUGAAGAAGAAGCUAAAGGAUAAGUUGGCUGGGAGCAGCAGCGGUAAUGACGAGGAGAGCGAAGACGAAUUCCGGUGGCCCCCAUUUCCGCACGAGAACGUGCCCAACGAACGGGUCAACUUCGAUGAGGCGAUCAAGGAGAUCGUCGAUGAGGAUGAGCGCGUCGCCGCAGACAAGGAGAACGAGCAGCAGCAGCGCAGGAAACGAUUUUUGAGGCGGCUCAAGUUGAGGAAACGAUGCAGCAGGCGUCGCAGAAUAAUACCGAGGAACGAGUUGAGGAUUUUCGUCAAGCCUAAAGUUAAAGUGAAGAAGAGGAAGAAGGUGGAGGAGGAAGUGGUGGUAAAGGUGAAGGAGGAAGUCGGUGUUGUGGAAGGGGAGGAGGAUGAUGACGAUGAGGAGGAAGACGUGGUGCGCGUUUGGGAUCACGACUACAAUCUGAGCCCGGACAACAAGGAAUCGUUGAACGGAUUGAAGUGCAGGCCGGUCGAUAAGAGCAGCGCGCGUUCGUUGCACUCGAAUCUGAUAAAGAGGAGGCGGCAUUUGAAGAGAUCCACGUUGGCGGGGGUGUUUGAAAAGUCGUCGCACAUGAUCGAGGUGUUCGAGGAGGACGGACGGAUACUGAACUGCAUUUACCAUGGCAAUCAUUUGGUCGUAAUACAGACGUAUUCGGUGUCGUUCUGGAGCCAGAGCGCUCUCGGUCUCGUCCUGGAGGCGCAGAACAUGUGGAUCCCGAAGGGGAACAUCUGCAGGUUGCCGCUGGACAAUGUGUGUCACCUGGUGGAGAGCGCGGACAGCGUAUUCUAUGCGGAGGGCAACAACUCGUACGCGUACGUCGAGCUGUACACCAAAGAGCACAAAUCGGAGAAACGGGAGCGACCGGUGACGGACGUCUUCGUCGUGGUGUAUUUUUGGCGGGAACGGCAGAAGGAGCCGGAGAAGAAACUGCUGCAGCUGGAGAACAUCGCCAGCCACGCGAAGCACGUCAGAUAUGUGGCUGUGAAGAGCGCGUGCACGGUGCUGGUGUCCUGGUGGGAGAUCGUCUCCGACGAAAAGUGCGUGAGCAAAUUGAGAGCGUAUCAGCUGUCGUCCGACUAUCAGACGGUGUGCGACGUCCGAGAAUUGGAAUCCGUCGAGUGCCGAAUCGAAAGUCUGCACAACAUUGAAGAUUGCGACAAUCUGGUGAUGGGAUGCGGCGAUCAGAACAUCAGCGUGUGGAACUGGGAGUUUGGUUACAUGGUGGCGACGAUGCGCAUCGACGACGGCAUCCUCUCCGAGCCGCAAACGCAAUGGGUCAAAUGCGAUCAGGGUUUCCUGUUUGCUAUACAGCACUGCAGGAGCAGCGGAGUGAUGCGACUGUUGGCCGUGAACGGGAUCAACGAGAGCUGGAAACGAUUGCAGAUCUACAAGCCGAUCAGCGGAUUCAAAAGGUUGAUGGGAAUCUGCGUGGACGGUGGAAUAUUGGUCGGAUUCUACGAGAACGGUGUGCUCUGUUGGAGGGUGCAGACCGGCGAUCUGAUCAUGGACGAGACCAACGAUGAGACUAUAAAGUACCUGCCUUCUGGGAAGCACGUGAUCGCCUAUACAGCCUUCACGCAACGGUUGAGCGUUCGAAGUGCGCUCUCCUACUUGAUCACCAAUUACGAUUCGAGCACCGCCGGUGACGGCGGAGGAUCGCAGCAAGCGUCCGCUUCGGAAAUGCCUCAUAUCCCGCCCUCAUGACAUGACCACCAAUCAGUAAUCAAAAUUAAUAUUAUUGUUAAGUAAUUAGCCAAUGUCAGGCAAGCAGGCAAUCAUGUAUUAUGUAUGCAUAUUGUUAUUGUUAUCGAUGAAUGGAUGAAUGAAAGAGUGCGAAUAGUACGGAUGGAUGGAUGCAGGCAGGCAGGGAAGAUGAGAACAACUAUUAUCAAUCAAUCAUUCUAAUUAUGUUUUUGUCGUAUAUAAUAAUUCUCCAAUUGAAACGUUAUUAUU